AUGGUGCCGCUAAUCGUCGCUCUAUAUGUCGCCGUGCGCCUACCAGGUUUUGAUAAAGCGAGUGCGAAUUGUUCCUUGCGAGUUGUGGUCCUCCUUAACAUGAAGCUCGCCGGAUUCGUUACAUUAGCACUCUUUGAGGCAUCGGCGCUUGCAUUUUCAGAUACAGCACCAUUCUUCUCGUCGAGAAAUUUGGGAAAGUUGUCCUACUAUGAAGAGUCGACAAACUUGGGUCCAGCGUGGACUUCUUUCACCAACGAUAUUUGCAGUUCCAACAAAAAAACGGUGGUUUUCAGAGUAAACAAUUUACAGCACCACGGCGACAUCCAAGACGGCUCCUAUGUUGAACAUGUCCACUAUAAAUCGGCUGCUGACUUGGAUUUGCUAUUGGGUGACAGUUGUCGAUCUGACCAGGUUUCGUACCAACAAACCAUAUCGACCCUUGACAAGCCGUUGACGAUCAUUGACGUCGAAGACAACAAAGUCCACACGGUCAGAGAGUUUACAGACGCCAUAAAGGACCCUCUGGUAAUGGUGGUUGUCCAGGGCAAACCAUCGUUCCACAAGACCAGCUCGCAUUUGGAAGAUAUUAAAAGCUACGUAGAGGACAAGGUUUACGAUAACCUCAACAUCGAAUUCGGCGUGCACCAUAAGAGGUCAGAAACUGAGGAUUUCGACAAGAUAGCAGCGGAAGUUGAGGCUGACUUUGCCAAGGCCGAGUCACUUGUAUCAAAGUACCCCCAUGGCCAAGUCACAGCUUUGUCUGAGGCUAGUGCCGAGACUUCGACACCUUCUCAUCACAAGCGGAAUAACCUGAGUCUUUUCACUGAGUAUAGGUUUUUCACGCCUGGUAUUUGGCUGGGACUCAUUGUGUCAGCAAUGUUAAUUGCGGUAUUGGUUACCGCAUUACAGUGGAUUGGAUCAUUGGACAUUUCCUACAAAUCUUUCGACAAACAGGUCGAUUACGAGAAAAAAAAUGAAUAA